GCACUUCCUCACACCACCUACAGUUUCUCCCAUACCAUCAGGAUCCUUCCCUCCUCCUACAGCAGCAUCAGCUCCAAAAGGCUAGUGACUCUCGCCCGUGGUCUGUCCCCGGCUUACUUGAGGUUUGGAGGUAGGAGAACGGAUUUCUUACAGUUUCAAAACAUCAAGAACCCAGCAAAGAAUAGAGGACCUGGUCCUGAUGGAAUUCUGAAAAAUUAUGAGGAUGAUAUAGUACGCAGUGAUUUCUCUUAUGACAAACAGAAAGGAUGCAAAAUAGCUCAGCAUCCAGACACCAUGCUGGAACUGCAGAGGGAGAAGGCGGCUCAAAUGCAUUUAGUUUUGCUAAAAGAGCAAUUUUCCAACACGUAUAUUAACCUGACAUUAACAGCCAGGUCUCUUGACAAACUCUACAACUUUGUGGACUGCUCUGGACUUCAUCUGAUUUUUGGACUUAAUGCUCUUCGACGAAACUCAGAUAAUUCUUGGAACAGCUCCAGUGUGCUCAGCUUACUAAAAUACAGCGCCAGCAAGAAGUACAACAUUUCAUGGGAAUUGGGAAAUGAACCCAACAAUUACCGGACUUUAAAUAGCCGAGCUGUUAAUGGCAGCCAGCUGGGGAAGGAUUACAUUCAGCUGAGGAAUUUGCUGCACUCUAUCCGUACUUAUUCCAAAUCACAUUUGUAUGGCCCUAAUAUUGGACGACCAAAGAAGAAUGUCAUAUCGCUACUUGACAGCUUUAUGAAAGUGGCUGGCAAAGCGGUGGAUGCAGUUACCUGGCAACAUCACAACAUCGAUGGUCGUGUCGGUAAAGCGAUGGACUUCAUGAAAACCCGACUGCUGGACGCAUUGUCUGAUCAGAUCCGAAAAAUACAGAAAGUGGUAAAUACGCACACCCCAGGGAAGAAGGUAUGGCUUGGAGGAGUCGGUGCACCAUGGUCUAGAGGAACAAACAAUUUAUCUGAUACUUUUGCAGCAGGAUUCCUGUGGUUAAAUACAUUAGGAAUGUCGGCCAAUCAAGGAGUUGAUGUUGUGAUCCGUCAUUCAUUCUUUGAUCAUGGAUACAACCAUCUGGUGGAUCAAAACUUUAACCCACUGCCGGAUUACUGGUUGUCUCUUAUUUUUAAGAAACUGGUGGGUCCAAAAGUAUUAGCAGUCCAUGUGGCUGGUAUACAGAGGAAGCCUCGUCCAGGAAAAGUCAUACGCGAUAAACUGCGGAUCUAUGCUCAUUGCACCAGCCAUCAUAACCAUAAUUACGUGCGAGGAUCGAUCACCCUGUACAUUAUUAACCUACAUCGAUCGAGGAAAAAAAUCAAGCUGGCCGGAACGCUGAGGGAUAAAAUUGUCCAUCAGUAUCUACUACAGCCUUAUGGAACAGAGGGAAUACAGUCAAAGUCAGUUCAGCUGAAUGGACAGCAUCUUGCAAUGAUUGAUGACGGAACACUCCCGGAUAUAAAGCCCCGCCCAUUACGACCUGGCCGCACCCUUGUCAUUCCUCCACUGACCAUUGGCUUCUAUGUGGUAAAGAAUGUAAACGCUGUGGCUUGUAGAUAUCGAUAGUCACUACUUGUGCCAUAAAAUAUACAACAGAGCUGUAACCAAAGACAUGUUGAUUCACUAAAAGGCAAAAAGCGUGAAAUUGCAAGACUUCUUCCUACAAAGCUCCAGGCCAUCAAGUGACUGCACGCUAGAUUAAGUGCAGCCUGCCAAUUGUAACCUUUAGAUAUACUCCUGGUAAGGUGGGAACACGCCAUGACGUUUCCUUACAAUGAGGAAUUCUCAAGAUCUUAGGAACCAGCAUAAAUUUUAGCUUUUUUGCUUUUAUUUUGUAACCUUUAUUUGCAGAAUGGAAGGUUAAACCUGAAACACCACUUUUCCUACUACUAGAAUGGAAAGCAGGAGAUUCGUAAUUGUGCCAAGAAGAAGCGUCUUCCAUAGUAUUCAUAGUUCCAUCAACAUCACUGAAGUUAUCAUACAGAAGAUUUGAUAAAAUUACAAUAUUCAUCGUUGAUCUUUGUAUACCUUAGGCUUACAGCGGCGUCAUACUGAACAAUAAAGCUCUGCUGUAAGUAAACAUCACAAUAGGGUUGGGACAAUCGAUAAAGAUAUAGACGUGGAGCAGGUUGGUGACAAAGUCAAAAUGGGACCUUCCGAUGUUGCUGUUUCCUGCCACCAAGAGGAUCCAAAGCGUAUUCACCCUCCUUUAACUUUGUUAACAUGGCGGUUCUUGUAGAUAAAGGUCACCCAACCAGAAUGGGGCUAACCUAAGCUGUACUACUCUUUUCACUGGUCCCUUUGUAGGCUGCCAAAAUCUAAAGUCUAGGUAAAUAUACUGGGGGAGAUUUAUCAAAACCUGUCCAGAGGAGA